UCAAUAUUCUACCCAUUAUUGAUGGUAUUUCAAAUGAUGCGACAAUGACUAGAACAAUACAUUUUACCAUUUUUAUUUGAUUUUUUGUAUCCCCAAAGAUGUCUUUAGAUAAAGUGAAACACAUUGUUCUCGUCCUCUCCGGUAAAGGAGGAGUUGGAAAAUCCUCCGUCACAACCCAACUUGCCCUCUCCCUAUCUCUCGCCGGUUCCUCCGUUGGAAUCCUCGAUAUCGAUCUAACCGGACCCUCCAUUCCCCGUCUCUUCUCCCUCGAAUCUGCCAAAGUAACCCAAGCACCCGGCGGCUGGAUCCCCGUCCCUGUUCACCCCUCCAACCCCUCUUCCUCCAUCGGCGCCCUAUCAUGCAUGUCUCUCGGCUUUCUACUCCGAGAACGAGGCGAUGCAGUAGUAUGGCGCGGACCGAAGAAAACAGCUAUGGUUAGACAAUUCCUCACGGAUGUGUUAUGGGGCGAACUCGAUUACCUUCUUAUUGAUACCCCGCCUGGUACCUCGGACGAACAUAUUUCAUUGGCGGAAACACUUCUCAAGAAUGCAUUUCCAGGUCAAGUCGCCGGUGCGGUGAUUGUAACGACGCCGCAGGCAGUGGCAACGGCAGAUGUGAGAAAAGAAUUAAAUUUCUGUACGAAGACUGGAAUACAUGUUCUCGGAGUAGUGGAGAAUAUGAGUGGAUUUGUGUGUCCAAAUUGUUCGGAAUGUACAAAUGUAUUCAACAGAGGAGGUGGAGAGGUUAUGGCCAAAGAUUUUGGAGUACAAUUCUUAGGGCGAGUUCCGAUUGAUCCUCAAUUCGGAAUGUUGGUAGAAGCAGGCAGAAAACCAGUAUAUCCGGAAGGAACGCUAGUAAAUGGCAAAGACAUGAGUGGUGCCCAGAACGGUGCUAAUACUGUCGGGGAUGACGGGCUUUUGGUAGAGAAAUAUCGGGAUUGUUCUCUGUGUCCAAUCUUCCAGGAUAUAACUAAACAGGUUAUGGAUGCGGUAGAAGGAAAGGUUCCAGAAGAGGCAUCGAGUGCUUGAGAUUUGGUUUGGUAUGGUAGGCGGCAUAAUUGCUGGUGUUGGGGAUUUUGAGCAUUUAUAAGACGAUUGCUAAAAGGACAACUCUGGCGUCCAAAAAGGAUGGAUUUGAAUGAUUGCAAUUAGUACCUAGGUAUUGAAUGAAUAUACGACCAGAAUAUUGCGAUACGAAUUGGGAUAUCUAAGUAUCUAGGUAGACAUCGUUAUUAACAACAAAUCAAGUUAUCAUGUGAACUAU